UCAAAUCCAUGCAUCAACACAAACCUUAAAAACUAAGAGAAGUCAUAAAGCUAGAGUAUGUUUGGUUAGUUUAUCACAAUGAAUAACUUUUAUAAUAUAUUGUACAAGUCAGUAAGACAUAUAAGUGGUAAGUAUAUCAAAUGUGAUGGUACCAAAAUCACUCCUCGUAAACCAAGUACAGCACAACUCAACACUCCCUUGACUUUCACUGUUCAGAGACUUACACCAGAGCUGAUCAUUCCAGCUAAACCCACGCCUCGAGAACUAAAACCUCUAUCUGAUAUUGACGAUCAAGAAAGCCUUAAGUUUCAAGUUCCGAUUAUACAUUUUUAUCGUGGGCAUCCAAAAAUGCGUACAAAGAAUCCAGCAAGUGUGAUUAGAGAGGCCUUGGCUAAGGUGUUGGUGUUUUACUAUCCGUUUGCUGGACGUCUUAAAGAAGGCCCAGCGAGGAAGCUGAUGGUGGAUUGCACCAGCCAGGGAGUGUUGUUUAUUGAAGCGGAGGCCGAUGUUACAUUAAAGCAAUUUGGAGGUGCACUUCAGCCUCCAUUUCCUUUUAUGGAAGAUCUCCUUUAUGAUGUUCCUGGUUCUAGCAAUGUUCUUGGCUCACCAUUGUUACUCAUUCAGGUGACACGACUUUUAUGUGGGGGUUUCAUCUUUGCACUACGACUCAAUCAUACUAUGAGUGAUGCACAAGGACUCGUACAAUUUUUAACGGCAUUGGGUGAAAUGGCACACGGUAAACCAACACCAACAACGAUGCCCGUAUGGCAACGGGAGUUGCUUUUGGCAAGACAACCACCACAUGUGACAUGUACUCAUCACGAAUAUGAACAAGAGGCCGAGGCGGACACCAAAUUAACAAUCACCCUACAAGAAAACAAUCACAUGACACAAAGGUCGUUUUUCUUUGGUUCAGCCGAGGUAUCAGCCUUACGUAGGCUUCUUCCUCUACACCUCAAAGGGUGUUCUAAAUUUGAGGUGCUAACAGCUUCCAUUUGGCGUUGUCGUACCAUUGCUCUUGAGCCUGGUCCUGAAGACAAGAUGCGUAUGAUGUGCAUAGUCAAUGCACGUAAGAAGUUCAACCCCGCGCUCCCUUUAGGAUACUAUGGGAAUGCUUUUAGCUACCCCGCUGCAAUUUCCACAGCGCGAGAUCUAUGUAACAAACCAUUAAGUUACGCGUUGGAGCUUGUGAUGAAGGCCAAAGCCGAGGUCACUGAGGAGUACAUGAGAUCUGUUGCUGACCUCAUGGUACUCAAAGGCCGCCCACAUUUCACAAAUAUUGCUCAAAGCUAUAUCGUAUCAGAUGUAACCCAUGCUGGAUUUAGUGAAGUUGAUUUCGGGUGGGGGAAGCCGACCUUUGCAGGGCCUUCCACAGGAGGAAUAGGUGAUCUUCCGUACGUGGCUAGUUUCUAUAUAUCUUCCGUAAAUUCUAUGGGUGAAUCCGGAAUCUUAGUACCCAUAUGUUUGCCAACCGUUGCCAUGGAGAAAUUUGUCAAAGAGCUAAAUAACAUGUUGUCUUGUGACAACAAGCAAUGAUCGAGUUCUUUAAGAACACGAGCUGCUCUCACUUUCAAAACUACAAAGAAUAUACGACUUGUUUUAGAGAGGGCCUUUAUAUAUAAUACUGGGUAGUGAUUUAUAUACCA